CUCUCGAGCCCAACUCAGAACCCCACAUACUCUACAAAACACACUCUUAAACUCUCUCUCUCUCUCUCUCUCUCUCAAACCAUGAGCAAGCUCAUGUUGUUUUACUUCCUUCUUCUUGCUCUUCCUCUUUUGGCCUUUGCAGAAUGUAGCUGUGAAACCCAACCCGAAGAAAGAAACAAAACCAAAGCUCUAAAGUUCAAGCUAGUAGCAAUAAGUACAAUCCUAAUAGCAAGUGGACUUGGCGUGUCACUCCCAAUCAUAGGCAAAAAAAUCCCAACUCUAAACCCUGAAAACAACAUCUUCUUCAUAAUCAAAGCCUUUGCAGCUGGUGUGAUUCUUGCAACUGGGUUUAUCCACAUAUUACCAGACGCUUUUGAGAGCUUAACAAGUCCUUGUCUUGGCCAAAAACCUUGGGGCAAUUUCCCAUUCACUGGCUUUGUUGCUAUGCUCUCUGCCAUUGGUACCCUGAUGAUAGAUACUUUUGCAACUAAUUACUAUAAAAGAUCACACUUCGUUAAAGGUAGACCUCUUAGUGGGGACGAAGAGCAGCAAGGUGAGCAUGAGGGUCAUGUACAUGUGCACACACAUAAGACUCAUGGUCAUGCUCAUGGGUCUGCAUUUGUUGUUGAGGAUUUGGGGUCCGAGGUUCUUCUUAGACACCGAGUUAUAUCUCAGGUUUUGGAGUUGGGAAUUGUGGUGCAUUCCGUAAUUAUUGGCAUCUCUCUUGGUGCUUCUGAAAGCCCAAAAACAAUCAAGCCCCUUGUAGCAGCAUUGACUUUCCAUCAAUUUUUUGAAGGUUUGGGUCUUGGUGGAUGCAUCUCUCAGGCAAAAUUCAGGUCUCGAGCCAUUGCAAUUAUGAUACUUUUUUUCUCUCUCACAACUCCAUUUGGAAUUGCAAUUGGCAUGGGAAUAUCAAAUAUCUACAAGGAGAAUAGCCCAACAGCAUUGAUUGUGGAAGGCCUGUUCAACUCUGCCUCAGCUGGGAUCUUAAUCUACAUGGCUUUGGUCGACCUUCUUGCAGCUGAUUUCAUGAACCCUCGAAUGCAAAGCAAUUUGAGGCUCCAGCUUGGGGCUCAUCUUUCGCUUUUGCUGGGUUCAGGUUGUAUGUCACUCCUAGCCAGAUGGGCCUAAAGGCUUCACUACAACCAGUGCUAGGAGUCCAGGAUAGUAAUUGUAAUUUAUCAGUCGGAUAUGAUUAUUAGGUGAAAAAAUGGUGGGGUGAGUUUGUGUUAGAUAAAUGGCUUUUUAAUGUUCUUCCUAAGUUAAAGAAGUAUACUACUUCUUUUUUGUGAGAGCCCCUUUUUAGCUUAGCGGCAUAAAUGGAAAAUAGCAGGAAUUUACAAAAAUGGUGGCAUGAGUUUUUGUAGAAUCCUUUCAUUUUUGAUGUAAUCAAGUAGGAAUUUUGACUAUCCCUAAUUUACGUGUGUUUUAAUCAUAUGAAAUAUUUA